GGUGUGUGACCAGAUGUGCUAUAAAGCCAGUGCUGCCUCAGUGUGUGUGCUAGUGUCUGUUUUCGAGUGUGUGUGUGUGUUAGAGAUGGCAGCUGUACAGACCGAGUUGAGCAGCUCCUGGUGCCAGCCAUGGGAGAGGCAGAGGACAUGGACACACACAUUCCAACAGCACACCUGCAGCAGCAACACACUCAUGGGCGGAUUGUGGUCAGACUGGACUCCUCUUCAUGAAGCCGCCUUACAGGGAAGGCUGCUGGUACUGAGGAGGCUACUGUCUCAGGGCUGGAGUGUGUCCUGUUCCACAGUGAAUGGCGUGACUGCACUGCAUGAGGCCUGUGCCGGCGGCCAUUUUAGCUGUGCCAAGACCCUGUUGGAGCACGGGGCAGACGCAAGUGUGGUGAAUAUAGAUGGAGCCACUCCCCUGUAUAACGCCUGCAGCAGUGGUAACUCUGCCCUCGUGAAACUCCUCCUACAAUACAGCUCUGUCCACCACCCAGCUCACAGACUGGCAUCACCUCUACACCAGGCUGCUCAGAGAGGCCACUUAUCCUGUGUGGAGCUGUUGUUGUCUCAUGGUGCUGAUAUUGACUUGGAGCUGGAUACUGGAACGCCCCUGUACUGCGCUACUGAAAACAGGAGGACGGACACUGUACACACACUACUGCUACUGGGAGCAGAUGUAAACAGGGGGCAUGGUCUAGAGACCCCCCUGCAUGCUGCAGCCCGGGUGGGUGGGGCCAUGGAGGUGGGGCUUCUGCUGGAGCACGGGGCUGAUGGGAGCUGUAAGAACUCAGAGGGGAAGAGAGCUGUGGAGCUUACAUCGCCACAAAGCCAGGAGAGAGCGCUGUUGCAGAACACAGUUCCUUGCUCUCUGUCUCAGCUCUGUAGAUUUCAUAUCCGUCGGACGCUCGGAUGCCAGCGACUUAACAGAACACACACUCUCUACCUGCCAAAUCUCCUCCACAACUACCUGCUUUACAGAUAACAC